AGGGUCUCCACCCGCGGUUCACCGCGGCAUCUGACAGAAACUGACACAGAGCGGGGCCGCCAAUCAGCUCGUGGGAGCCUCCUCCUGCUCGCCCCCUCCCCUGCUUCCUACAUUCCAGGUCCUAAGGCCUGGCGUCAGUCGCCCAGUCCCUUCUCCGCGGAGGAGCUCCUUCCCUUUGGGAACAGCCGCUCCGGGUCCUGCCACUCUUUUCUGCCCACGAACCAGCGCUGCAGAAAAUAGGACAAACGAUUCUGAUAGAACCAUGGCGACUCCAUCUGCUGCUUUUGAGGCUCUCAUGAAUGGAGUGUCAAGCUGGGAUGUCCCCGAAGAUGCCAUCCCUUGUGAACUGCUCCUUAUUGGAGAGGCCUCAUUCCCAGUGAUGGUGAAUGACAUGGGCCAGGUCCUCAUCGCUGCCUCCACAUAUGGCCGGGGCCGCCUUGUGGUGGUGUCCCACGAGGAAUACUUGGUGGAAGCCCAGCUGACUCCCUUUCUCCUCAAUGCAGUGGGCUGGCUUUGUUCCUCCCCUGGGGCUCCCAUUGGUGUACACCCCUCCCUAGCACCUUUGGUCAAAAUCCUCGAGGGCUCUGGAGUGGAGGCAAAGAUUGAGGCAGAAGUGAAGGACUCCCUGGGGGUUUACUGUAUCGAUGCCUACAAUGAAACCAUGACUGAAAAGUUGGUCAAGUUUAUCAAACGUGGAGGGGGCUUGCUCAUUGGAGGCCAAGCCUGGGACUGGGCCAACCAGGGUGAUGAUGAAAGGGUUCUGUUCACCUUUCCUGGGAAUCUCGUGACCAGUGUUGCUGGCGUGUACUUCACUGACAACAAAGGGGACACAAGUUUCUUUAAAGUCUCUAAGAAGAUGCCCAAGAUCCCAGUCUUGGUCAGUUGUGAAGAUGAUCUCUCCGAGGACAGAGAGGAGCUCCUGCAUGGAAUUUCAGAGCUGGACAUCACCAAUUCAGAUUGUUUCCCAUCCCAGCUGCUAGUGCAUGGGGCUUUAGCCUUUCCUCUUGGGUUAGAUUCCUACCAUGGCUGUGUGAUAGCGGCAGCCCGUUACGGACGGGGCCGUGUGGUUGUCACUGGCCAUAAGGUGUUAUUCACUGUAGGUAGACUAGGCCCCUUUCUGCUCAAUGCUGUCCGCUGGUUGGACGGGGGCCGUAGAGGCAAGAUUGUGGUGCAAACAGAACUGAGAACACUGAGUGGCCUGCUAGCAGUCGGGGGCAUAGACACUAGCAUUGAGCCCCAUCUGACCAGUGAUGCCAGUGUCUAUUGCUUUGAACCUGCAAGUGACAUGGAGGUCAAAGAACUGCAGGAGUUUGUAGCAGAGGGUGGGGGGCUAUUUGUUGGGGCCCAAGCCUGGUGGUGGGCCUUUAAGAACCCAGGAGUGUCCCCUUUGGCUCGAUUCCCGGGUAACCUCCUCCUCAAUCCCUUUGGCAUCAGCAUCACAAGCCAAAGCCUCAAUCCAGGGCCCUUUCGUACUCCUAAAUCAGGGAUAAGGACCUACCACUUCCGCUCUACUUUGGCUGAGUUCCAGGUUAUAAUGGGCAGGAAGAGAGGGAAUGUGGAAAAGGGCUGGUUGGCAAAGUUGGGACCAGAUGGUGCAGCUUUCCUACAGAUUCCUGCAGAAGAGAUCCCUGCCUAUAUGUCUGUGCAUCGACUCCUGAGGAAACUGCUAAGUCGUUAUCGACUCCCAGUAGCCACCCGAGAAAAUCCUGUUAUCAAUGACUGCUGCAGGGGUGCUAUGCUUUCCCUGGCCACUGGCCUGGCCCACUCUGGAAGCGACCUCUCUCUGUUAGUCCCAGAAAUUGAAGAUAUGUACAGCAGCCCCUAUCUGCGCCCUUCAGAAUCUCCUAUCACCGUUGAGGUCAAUUGCACCAAUCCAGGCACCAGAUAUUGCUGGAUGAGUACUGGGCUCUACAUACCUGGAAGGCAAAUUAUAGAAGUCUCACUGCCUGAGGCCGCUGUCACUGCUGACCUAAAGAUACAGAUUGGCUGCCACACCGAUGACCUGACCAGGGCCAGCAAGCUUUUCCGAGCCCCCCUAGUGAUCAACCGGUGUUGCUUGGACAAACCUACAAAGUCAAUCACCUGCCUCUGGGGAGGCCUUCUCUAUAUCAUCGUGCCCCAGAGCAGCAAACUGGGUUCUGUGCCCAUCACUAUUAAGGGGGCUGUGCACGCUCCAUACUACAAGCUGGGGGAAACAUCCCAAGAGGAGUGGAAGAAGCGUAUCCAGGAGAACCCAGGUCCCUGGGGGGAGCUGGCUACAGACAACAUCAUCCUGACUGUGCCAACAGCAAAUCUUCGUACUCUGGAGAACCCUGAGCCACUGCUUCGCCUCUGGGAUGAGGUGAUGCAGGCUGUGGCACGGCUGGGAGGGGAACCCUUCCCUUUGCGUCUGCCUCAGAGGAUUGUUGCUGACGUGCAGAUCUCAGUAGGGUGGAUGCAUGCAGGGUACCCUAUCAUGUGCCAUCUGGAAUCCGUGCAGGAGCUCAUCAAUGAGAAGCUCAUCAGGACCAAGGGCCUAUGGGGCCCUGUGCAUGAGCUGGGCCGCAACCAGCAGCGGCAGGAGUGGGAAUUCCCACCACACACCACCGAGGCCACCUGCAACCUGUGGUGUGUUUAUGUACAUGAAACGGUCCUGGGCAUUCCUCGAGGUCGUGCCAAUAUUGCACUUUGGCCCCCAGUUCGGGAAAAAAGAGUCAGAAUCUACUUGGGCAAAGGUCCCAAUGUGAAAAACUGGAAUGCGUGGACUGCACUGGAAACGUAUUUACAGCUACAGGAGGCCUUUGGUUGGGAGCCAUUCAUCCGUCUCUUCACGGAGUAUAGGAACCAAACCAACUUGCCCACAGACAAUGUUGACAAAAUGAAUCUGUGGGUCAAGAUGUUCUCCCACCAAGUGCAGAAGAAUCUGGCUCCUUUCUUUGAGGCCUGGGCCUGGCCCAUCCAGAAGGAAGUGGCUACCAGCCUGGCCUAUCUGCCUGAGUGGAAGGAAAAUAUUAUGAAAUUAUACCUUCUCACACAGAUGCCCCACUGAAAUAGAAGUGAAGAAAUACAAAAGGAAACUGGCACAUCUCAGCAAAGAAAACUGAAGGAAUUUGGUUCUAACCGGAGAAGAUCUCAACAGAUUUCUGGAAGAGAGAAGUGGAUGAAGCAUGAUAAUGAGUGAAAGAAUGGAGGUACCUUUCAAUCAGAAUAUAAGCUGAUCUGAACAUAACCCCAGAGACUUGGGCACCUGAAAAUGCUAUUUACUAAAGAAUUAUAUUGGUAGUAAAAUUGUACCCCUUCCCACUUCACCCCACCCUUGUGCACAGAACACAGGCAGCCUACCAUUGGUACCAGUUAACAAUUUGUCUUGUUGUUGUUGUUGUUUUAAAUAAAGGAAUUGGAUAAACUGCCUGAGGUGAGGUAAGAGUUAGUGCUACAGAGUAAAAAUUCCUCUUUGUGGAAAUUAGGGGCCCCUUAGCCUAUUAGCUAAUUCUCUACUAACAGCUGAAACCCCUACUCAAGUGCCCAGUGUUUCCAGUCAUAGAAGAGACAUACUGGGGAAACAGACCUAACCCCAUUAUGCCAGAAGAAAUUCACAUCCCACACCAACCCCAUAUAAAAAUCAAAGGUUUUAUUGAUUCUUAAAUGUGAAUGAUCAACCAGGAAUUCCCAGAGAAGGAAGGGAUGCAGAGGAGAAGCAUGUAAGGAAAAUAACCAGGUAGAGUUAGGAGUUUGAAGAAUGAUAAACUCUGGAGGAAACAAAGUUAAUGCAGAAAAAUAACUAAAAAUUCUAUCUACAUGUAUUUAUAAAAUGAAGACAGGAUGCUACAAGAAAGGAAAAUCUCUGAGAAUAAAAUGAGCCCCUUGAAAGUAAAAUAGGGCUUCUAAAAAUAUUAAGUACACAGGUUGGAAAAUAAAGUUGGAGAAUCUCCCAAGGUAUAUAGAACAAAAAGAAAUAGAAAAGAAAGAAAAAAAAAAGAAAUAGAAAAUAUGAAGAAAGGAAAGAGACAUAGGAAAUAAAUACAAUCAGUAUCUCAAAGGAGUUUCUAAAGAGAGAAGAGAGAAAAUAUAGGUGAAGAAAUAAAAAAGAAAAAAAGUAGAAGAACAGUGUAAGGGGGUCCAAACAACUUACAUCUAGACAUAAUUUCAUGACAUUUUGAAACAUUAAGGAUAGAGAGAAGAUAGUAAAAUCACCCAGAGAGAAAGAGGGAAAAAAAAUUAGGCCAUCAUAAUUAACUCAACUAAAAAGGAAUGAGAAAUAGACUGGUCGCAGAUUUUUCAUUAGCAAUACUGAGUGCUAAAAGUCAGUGGAGCAGUUUCUUCAAAUAUUUAAUGGAAGAUGUUCAUGUACCCAGAAGUCCAUAACAGGCCAUACUGUCAAGAGGAAGGUCAAAACAAAGACAUUUUCCGUUAUGCCAAUUUUCAGGAAGUCUGCCUCCCUUGCACCCUCACUGAGGAAGUAUGUUGAAAUUCUCUGGCAAAAUGAGGAUGAAAACAAGGAAAGAGGGAGGAGUGGGGAUCCAGAAAACAAUUGGCCUCAUCCAGAAUGUUUCACCCUAGAAUAACAGUUAUCCAGCAGACCCAUUUCAAAUGAUAGCGUAUAGUCUCAGGCUUUCUGGAAGAACAUGCAUUCACUACCAUAGAUAGUAUCAGUGAACAACUGGACUAUUUGGGAAUAUGGAGGACACAUUAUUUUUUAAUUAAUGAAAAAAAGGGAAAACAAAAAUAUGUCAAGAAGUUCAGGUCCAAUUAUGAAGCAGAAUAAAACAGGGCAUAAUUCUGAGUUACUCAUGGAGUGUAAGAAGAGACUCAAUUUGGCAUUUGUGGUAGGUACAUUCUCUUUUAAGUGGCACAGGCAUCACAACAUUGAAUGUGUGGGGAAGAAAAUAUCCCAGGCCCUAUCGGGUGCUCGGUAAACAGUAUUUACAUAGCCAUGAUGUAGAUGCUAUUUAUUGAUGUUCAGUGUUCUGAUCAGCCUAUAGACAAAGCAUGAAAGCAUAUAUUAUUUAGAACAGAAGGUGAAAAUAAUGAAUGCUGACAAGCUAAGAAAAAAGAAAGCAGGAAAAGAUUGAGAAUGAGUUGGGGGAAAGAGAGAUGGAAGAAAGAGUAGAGCUACUUAUAUCUUCCAAGUGGGAAUGAAGAAAGAAGGUCUACAGUUAAUGGAAUAAGAACUAGACGGUAAAUAUAUUGUUCAAAGCUAUGAAUUAAACUAACAAAAGUAUUUAAAAAUUGACAUCUACCAAAAAUUUGGAGAAGGAAGAGCAAAGGAAAGGUAGGGAUGGCUUAAGUUAGAUCCUAAUCUCUUAUAAUGGGGAAUUAUUAAAGAUUGUCUGAAGUUGAUAAGUCAAGAAGUUAUUGUCCAAACAUAUAAUUUAAUGUUUAGGAAGUUAGUUACCAGAAGAUCUAAAAUAGAACUUGUUAAAAUCAUUGCCUAUGGGGAAAGGGGACUAGGGGUAAAAAGGGUGGGGUGG